UACAGACAAGAUGACAGCUGCAGACAUUAUUUCAGAGCUUUCUGCAAAAAUAACAGGAACAUCUCACAACAGAUUCAAUAUCAAUAGAACCAAUGUGUGGGAUGGAGCAGUCCGAGGCUUCAAACAUGCUUCCUUUAACCCAUGCCAUGAAAUAUUGGUGAAGUUCACUGAUGAUGAGGGACAAGCUGAGGAUGGUGUGGACAACGGUGGUCCCAAGCGUGAGUUCCUGACCCUCCUGAUGAACUGCCUAAGAACUCGUAGUAUCUUUGAUGGACCAGAGGACAGGAAAUUCAUCACGUUUGACAGUGCAGCUGYAAAAGAUGAUGAAUACUUUCUUGCUGGGAGGAUGAUUGCCACAUCUAUCRUUCAUGGUGGUCCCGGUCCUCACUUCUUGGCAGAGAUGCUGUACCAUCACCUCACAGAAACAACCACUGAUAUUGAAGCCAAGGUGGAAGGUAUCACUGAUGACGCCAUGCGGGCUUCCUUGCUUGAGAUAUCAAAUGCAACUACACUAGAUGAACUACAUACAUCUGUUGACAGACAUUCCAGCAUGUUACAGACUGCUGGUUGCUUUCAGUACCCUGCCAGUUUGGAUGACAAAAAGAAGAUCAUAAAGGAUUUCCUUCAGUGGUACAUCAUUUACCGCAAUCACUUUUCAAUACAAAGAUUCAAGGAUGGACUUUCUACACUGGAUGUCAUUCAUGCUUUGGAGCAGCAUGCAUCUGCAUUCUUGCCCUUCAUGUGCUCAAGUGCGGAGCAACUGACAUCUGCAACAUUAGAGGAAAUCUUUGAUGUUCAGCUCAGUGAAAAGGGCAGCA